AUGAGUAAGGAAGGAGAAGAGACUAAUAAUCGAGAUAGGCUGAGGAAGUUCACGGCAUUCCUGUCUGGACUGGCCUUGUACCAGCUCCCUCAUAUAGCAUUUUCUGCUAGUAGGUACACGCUGGUUAGGUUCCAGGUUCCAUCGGCAUACGUGGGUCUCUUUAUCAACAGGAUGAUUAUAUCCAGUAGGAUUUUUUCUCUCAUCACCAUUGGACUUGCGACGAUGUGUGAUCAGUUUGGAAUGCCAGGUAUCAUACAAGUAGGAAAGGCAAGUGUUAUAUUCCUAGCAGCAUCCUUGUCAUCCAUACUCUUUGUCUACUGCAUUGGAGGGGAACAGGGCUAUCUCACCCUCUACUACUGGACCAUUUCUAUCUCCUCUAUGGUACUUGGAGCUUCUUUUGUUUUUGUGGUAAAGAUCGUCUCCAAGGAGAUUGUAUACCUGAUGGCUGCUUUGCCCAUAACUGGUAUCGUAGUAUCGUCAUAUCACCUUGCCUUCUUGAUGAUCACCAACUACAUUACAGUCUCUGACAUUCCAUUCUGGAUCGUCUUUUGGCAGAUUAUCAUUGGGAUCACGAUAGUUAGUUUGACUGUUGUCAUGUUGUAUUCAGUUUAUGAUAAUGAUAAGCCAGAUGAGGGUAAAGAGAAGAAGACCGAAGAGAGUAAGUCUACAGAGAAGACUGAUAAUCGUUCUACAGGUACAACAGAAGGUUCUACUGGGGGUAACACCUGUACCUGUGUUCGCAGUGAUAGUGAAGGUGGCACUCAGGAAUGUAAAGAGGGUUUCAUGGAGGCAGUUGGCAAGGCAUGGUCACCUCUCUUGCUGGUAGCUUUGGGAUAUGGUCUUCAAAAUGCCUUUUAUCCGGGUAUAGCCCCUUACAAACUCACUACAAUGACAAAGGGCUAUAACAUAGAGUUGACUGUUUUAUUCACAAGUGCCAUACCUCCAUUGGUUAUCAUUGCCCUGAAGGAAAAGAAGAAUAAUAUAGCUCCAAAUGUUUCAUGGAAAGAAUAUCCCGGAUGGCAUUGGUCUUGGCUAUUUUUCCUAUGCCAAAUGCUCUGUGCAGUGAUCUUCCUUUGGUGCCUUCAUUUCCCAGGGUGGAGUAUAUCAAAAGCAGUAAAGGGUAGCAUGGCACUUUUAGGUUUUCUCACAGUUACAUAUGAUUUUUGUGCUCAGUGUACCAGAAAUAUUGGAACGAGCGGAGCCUCCAUGCAGGGUUGUAAAGAGAACUCUAGGAUGGACACACUAAACUCCUUUUCGUACUCAUUCUCACAAGUCAUCUUUGCGUUUCUGGGUGACGGUUACCUCAGAGUAUACUCCAAGUAUGAGAAGGAUCGGAGUAAAUGGCCUACCAAACACUAUGGCAACUUUAGGGCAUUCCGAUAUUGGAUUUGGACAGCCACAAAAGUUUCAUUUGGCAAUAUAGGAACCGCAUUUACCACAGAUGUUAGAGGUGCUAUUCAGACAAAGAAGGAGUUUCUCUUUAUUGUCUAUGAAGAUGAAAUGGAUAAUAGUAGCGAGCCACCUAAGACGAAGAAUCCUACAGUAAUGAAGAUAGUUCACGAUAUAUAG